AUGAGUAACACUACCUACGCAUUAUUGAAUAACUCGACAGAUAAUAUUGAUGUUGCAAUACCAGUUAAAGAACCUUUAUCACCUCAGUCCUCAUCUGUGACGAACACGACCAAUGUAGAUACACUCCGAAAAAAUUACAAACAAAUAGCAAUCGCCGUCGCACUCUAUUGGUCUGUUUCGAUCACCAUGGUAUUUUUAAAUAAAUAUCUAUUAAGCUCCAAAGAUGUGAAAUUAGAUGCACCACUUUUUAUAACAUGGUAUCAAUGUAUUGUAACCGUUGGUAUUUGCGCUAUAAUUGGCAAUUUAAAUAAAAGAGUUGCUGCUUUUUCUGGAUUUCCAUCAUUUAAUAUUGAUCUUAAAAUUGCACGUGAUGUACUUCCACUUUCGUUGAUGUUUGUCGCUAUGAUUAUAUUUAAUAAUUUAACGUUGAAGUAUUUAACUGUAUCAUUUUAUAUGGUUGGACGAUCAUUAACUACAGUCGCCAAUGUGGUUUUUACUUAUAUUAUGCUCGGUGAUAGAACAUCGUAUAGAGCGUUGAUUUGUUGUGGCCUUAUCAUUGCUGGAUUUUUUCUUGGUAUGGAUCAAGAAAAUACACUAGGUACUCUUUCAAUUUUCGGUGCACUCUGUGGUGUAGCAUCAAGUAUAUUUGUCGCCUUAAAUGCCAUUUAUACAACUCGAUGCUUACCAUGCGUUGAUAAAAAUAUUUGGCGUCUAUGUUUAUACAAUAAUUUUAAUGCUUGUAUUCUAUUUUUACCUCUCAUGCUUGUUUUUGGUGAAAUACCUGUUGUUUUUAAUUAUUCGAAAUUGUUCAAUAUUCCAUUUUGGAUUGCAAUGACAGCAGCUGGCUUUCUUGGUUUUUCCAUGGGCUAUGUAACAGGUUAUCAAAUAAAGAUAACCAGCCCAUUAACACAUAAUGUGUCUGGUACAGCAAAAUCUUAUGUGCAAACAUUAAUGGCUGUUGUUAUCUAUAGUGAAACAAAAACAAUGCUUUGGUGGAUAUCGAAUGUAUUUGUUCUUGGUGGAUCUGGUCUGUUUGCGCAAGUGCGAGCGAAAGAAAUGAAACAAAAUCAUAAUUCGAAUAAAUCUACGACUGAUAAUACUAAUGGAAAUUCAGUUAAAGCAUAG